AUUACGGUUCGAAUGCUCUGAGUGUUACAAAAUCUUCCCUGGACCCACAUUCGCACCUAAGGCAACCCGAUCCGUAUCAGAUGUUUGGGCCCACCAGCUCCAGACUGGCGAGUUCAGGUUCAGGCCAGAUUCAGCUCUGGCAAUUUCUCCUGGAGCUGCUGAGCGAUUCGACGAACGCUGGUUGCAUCACGUGGGAGGGCACCAACGGCGAAUUCAAGCUGACGGAUCCUGACGAGGUUGCCCGAAGAUGGGGCGAGAGGAAGAGCAAGCCGAACAUGAACUACGAUAAAUUAUCCAGGGCACUGAG